UAUAAAGCUUAUACAAGAUGUAAGGCAGUGUAGUGAGAACAUUUCUAUCCAACAAAAGUUUAUCUUUUCUUAACAUGAAUUUAUUGACAAUCACUUUGUGCGUUCUACUGGAAGUGAUAAUAGCGAAAACGCAAAGAUUACCUGCCGAUUCUUUCAACACCAAUAAACUUGUAGCUCAUGGCGUUCCAUUUGCUAGGCUAGAUGUUAUUUCAAAUGAUCCACAACCAAACAGCAAGCCUCUUUAUAAUUACAGCUAUAACACUGAUACUGGCAUUCGAGUUCAGGAGGACGGUCACAUCAACCAUAUAAAUACCGAGCAGGAAGCCUUGGAGGCACGAGCCAAAAGGUGCUCACUUGCCUGAAAUACCACCACUAAUCAAAAAGGCUCUUCAGUACAUCGCCGAACAUCCUGAG